AUGAACUCGUCUACACACGUGCUUUCUGAGGAAGUCUUUGGCUCGAGUAAAAAGAUUCAAUUUGUCCAAACCACAUCAUCCAUGGACUCUCUUCUCAGUGCAGUCGACCGCGCACCUCGCAUUAACCUGCCAUACACCCAAUCUAAGCAGACAAUGUCCAUCGAAGCUCUUUUAGACACCAAUGGACACAUCAGCAAAUCAUCCGCAAAACGCUCCUGGACCUACGACAUCACCGACAGAUCUCCAAAGACAAAGAUUCACCGAUCCCAGCUAGAAACCCACUCGCCACCAACAGAGCAUUGUCCAGAACCAAUCCAGCAUUUAUCUUUGUCUUCUUCGCUCUUACUCCCCCCACAGCGCCUGUCGACAAUCACUUGUCUUCAUGCUGCAGUUGCCCAGAAAUCGUAUGGAUCCGAAAAGCGAUUCUUGUGCCCUCCACCAGUCGUGACUCUCAAGUCAACAACCCCCGGGCUACGCACAGACUCGCCCAUAGUAUCGAUGUCAGUUGUGUGUGAAAGCAUCGACCGACCGGUGGAACAACGCGCCUCUCUUGAUGACAAUCAAUCCGGAAGCUUCAAAUAUCUCCAUGUAACCGGUACCGCAAAGGCUAAACAGUUUUGUCUACGUGUUGGUCUCAGCCACAGCCACAGCCACAGCCACAGCCAAUUUCCACCCCUUGGGUCUUCAUCUCCCCAACAACAGCAAAACCAACAUCAUCAGAUCAGUCAACCGUUUGCAACAUUCUUCUCAUCUCCAGUAUCAAUCAUCUCCAAGCCAUCUAAAAAGACGGCAAAGGCACGAAAUGUAUCGACCUGUAUCCUGGCCAAUUCACCAGUCUCGCUCUUCAAUCGAAUCAACUCCCAGACUGUACGAACCAAAUAUAUGUCCUCAGACGCCAAUCGACUGUGUGCCAAAAGCUCGGCAUGGUCAGCAUUUAAUAUCCAGAUCAUCCGCCAACCAGAAGAUGCCGAAGACAACGAGGACGGGCCUGUGCCGGUACUUUACGGAACUGAAAUUAUUCUAAAAGACACCCAGAGUGGAGUAUGUUCUCCACCUCUUAUAGUCCGUAAGGUUGACAAGGGCUGUAUUGCGGCCACUGCAACAGGGCCCAUUAGCCAGAUGCAGAAGAUUGCACUCCAACUUAAAUCCUCUGUUAACAUUGAAGUUGUUGAUGAUUAUCUCUGCUGGACGAUUGUUUCUAUUGCCAAGUUUGAAUAUACAUUUGCAGAUCCAAUAAUGGUGGGAAUGGAUGUCAGCCCUUGCUCCAAAAUGGCUGAAUCUCGACUUGUGCCUUCUUCUGCAUCGUCUUCCUCGUAUUCUUCUCCUUCUCAUUCUCCCUCUCCGUCUUCACUGACAUGUCGACAUGCGCAACCCUCUCCUCCUCCUUCACCACCGCGAACGAUUGUACCAUACCCUAGUCUGUCUAGUGUUAGCUACAACCACACCUUGCACGCGAUUGAUGUUGUUGGCCAUCAUCUGUUCCAAAAGUCAACAAUGCCACCUCGGCUGCUUGAAUUUUGGUUGGGUAAUCAUGGUCCCCUCAAGCAGGUUCCUCACGAGACAAGUUUGGUCAGGGUCGAAUUGCCACCUACUCAAGAUCUCCUUGUGGCCAACCACAAUAUUCUGCAACGACAAGCGAAUGGAGAGCGACAUCUUGAAUUGGCUCUUGUUCUGGUGCGUCAAGAUGGAAUGGUCUAUCCUACCGGUAAAUCUCUAUCCUGUGCAGUAUCAGUAAAUGGAGAUACCAGUCGGUGUUUGUACCUACAUUUUGCAUAUAUCAUCUUGGCUCAUAAAGCUCAUAUGAAUGUACGUACAAAUAGAGACAAAGGUGCAUACUUGAACAUGAUCGAUAAACCACAUGGUUAA